UGCUGCUGCUGGGGACUCUUUGCUCGCCACCCUUUGGCGCCGCCGGCGGGACUCACUCCUCUGGGGCAUCCUUCGAGUGGGUCUGGGCGGCUGGCGAGAGCUUCUUCUGUCCUGGCGCUGGCUGGCUGGGAGCCUUCCUCUGGCAGGGAGGCCGGUGUGUCCCGAGCAGAAGCCACUGGCCCACACGACGAGGGAGUGGGUCUCUGGGAUGGGGAGGCUGGGAGUGUUCCCGAGCAGCUGCCUUGAACCCGCUGCCCCACACGGGUGUCCUCCCACGUGGUCUGCUACAGUGCGGCCACCACCUGCUGUGUCCCCUCCCCACUUUGGCAUGGGGGCAGCGGAUGUGCUCCCUUGAUCCCUUCGAGUGGGGCACAGCUCCAGCCCAGGCUAGAAGAGGUGUGUGUGUGCGCACACGCACACUCUUAGACCUUGAAAUUAUUCUGAGGGAAGGCAAGAGGGACUCUCUGGUCCCCCCACCCCUGGACAGCACUUCUGGAGCCCCCUGGGCCUGACAGGAGGCUAGCUGCCCCCUUUCCUUGGAGCCCUCGUGGCUCAGCGCCUAGGAACCGAUGCUCCCUGCUCCUGUAUCUGUGGCGUGCUCUGGGCGAGAGGUACCUCACAUCAAGCACUCUGUUUUUCUUUCUCCACCCCACUCCCACUCUUGCAGUGUAGGAGUCUGUAGGUCAUCAUUACAUCCUUGAGAAAAUAACACCCACAUCUCCUUUUUGUCAAGGUGAAGGUGCAGAUAGAGAGUGGGGGGGGGGAGUUUGGUUAGCGUGGAAGCCCUAGAAGUGGUGCCUGUGUGUGGGAUCCAUGUGGUCUUGUGGUGUGUGUGUGUGUGUUUUGGGGGGGAGGCUUAUUGUUUAACCUGCAUUAAUGGUUGCUUUAGAAGUGGGAGCGGAGCCCAGCAAUGGAAAGCUGGCCUGGUGCAAGAGCCCACUGGGUGCCCAGUGAGCCGGCCAGCAGCUCCUCCUGGCCUGCCUGGGAAUCUGAUCUGGACCAUCCCUGCUUCCACUGGGCUGUUGUCCCCUGAGAAGAUCUGAGAGCACAAAGCCUGUGGGAAAAAUUGGAAUCCUAAACUGGCUUUUCCGGUUCCAGGGUGAAUGCAAGAGGUCUGAGGAAUGUCUCAUCUCUGGCAGGCUGUUCCCGCCCAGCUCUCCCGGGCAGCUUCUUGAAAAGAGAAAGGGGGUGUGGGGAGGGGAGGGGCCAGAAAGGAUCCCUUUUGCUCCCCAGCCUGAGGUGGAGGGCCCAGGAGGAAAGGGCACCGGCUCUCCCCCUUCCUUUGGGGCAGCUGGAUUCGCUUCCCAGACAGUCUGUGGGAUGGAGGAAGAGAAGUGGCAAUGGUCGGGGGGGGGGGCCAGCCUGAUGAGCCCUGAGGGGGGGCAAGCCCUUAGGAGGGCACCAUUCAGAUGUGGGAUUUGCAUAGGAAAUGCAAAUGCGUGAGAAUUAGUAAGCGGCCCUUGCCAGCAAAUGGAGCCGUCCCUCAUCCUCUGAAGCACGGCUGGCUCUGUGGUGGGUGUGGGGGCUUCCGUGCCUGCGUUUGUUGGCCCUCGUGGAUGCCCAGGGCAAGUACAUGAGAUGGGAAGCCCAGGCGUGCCAUUGCCGCCCUCACCGUCCCCCGGCACACACACACACACCCCGUGCGGGGCAGCCCUUUGCCUGGGAAGGUUGUGAUGGGCGAGGCUGCCAGGAGGAGAGGUGCUCGGUUUGGACAGAGGGCCAAGAUGGCCUAAAGGCUGGUGACCUUUUGAACAGCCGCCCAGGGUGCGCCAAGAGAUGGGCGAGCAUUUGCAGACUUUGGUCCUAUUGAGCUGGGAUGAUGGAGGAGGAGGAGGAGGGCAAUGGCGAGGAUGCUGAGAAGAGGAAGAAAAAUGUCCACUGUCUGUGCCUCCACCAUGCAGCGCCAGGGAGGAGGUGGCUGGAGCAGAAGAAAGGGGGGGGGGAGGAAAGGCGCUUUGCCUUCGUGGUGUGUGUCCCAGGAGAAAGCAUCAUCCUGAGAGACAAACCUUGGACGUAGGGCAAAAAUAGAUGGAGGAGGUCCUUGGCCCGAGUGGGGAGGGGGCUGCAGCUGGAUGGAGAGGAAACGAGAGGCCACGCGAACUUCAGGCAUCUGCUGAGCCUUUCCAGAGAAGGCAGGGAGAGGCUGCCUGGGAAUGCCAGCCUCAGCCGCCUGCUCCAGGGCGGCCUUGAAUGCCACAGCUUGGCGGGUUUGCAUUUCAGAGGGAGGGAGGGAGGGAAGGAUGGAGGCCCCCCCCUUCUCCCUUUCUCUCUUGAGACGCAGCUCACUGUACCAUGAAGGGGACGCUUCCGGUCAGGUUUUGAGCCAAGGGUGAAUGGGACAGACUAGGAAAUAGCGCGCGGGGUGUGUGUGUGUGUUUCAGUUCAACGGCCAAGGUGGGCCUUUGGCACCGGCCAAUACGACAGGGAGGUCCCACAGGGAUGAUCCUCCGAAAAGCCUCUCCCCACCUUCCUCUGUCUGGCACGGAGUCGGGGGGGGGCGAUGGCAUCGUGCUGGGCCUUCCUGGCAGCUCGAGCAGGGCCUCUCCAGUGACUCAGUGGGACCACGAGGAAGGACGAACAGGCGGAGGCCAUCUGUAGUGACUCCCGCAUCCCCUUGGGCUUUUCUGGGGCUCUUCCUGGCUUGGGUGUCUCCUCGCUGGGCUGCAGAUGGGUCGCUCUCCACACCCGGUCUUUGAUGGGGCAGCCCUCGUCCCCUUCCCGGGAGGCUGCCACGAGCUCGGCUCUCCGCUUCCCUUCAGUAAAUUGCCUCGGCUCUCGGGGCAAGACCAGGGCCCCGCUGCGCUUGGGCCUCAAUUCUGCUUGGCACCCCCGGGUCGGAAGGGGGUCCCUCUUCCCUGGGGAUGGGCAAAAUUCCUGCCGCCCCUCCUGCAGAGUUUGGGGAAGGGGCCGGGUGCCCAGGGGUGGAUCCCACGUGGGUUAAAAGCCCAGCAGAGCUGUCUCUGGCGAGACGAUGCCCUGGUGGUGGUGGUCUUGGUGGGAGAACGGCCAGGCUGGGGCUAGUGCAUGGUGUGUGCGGGUGCGUGUGUGUGUGUGUGUGUGUGUUGCCCUGCCUUCAUGGCUCCCGCCCUCCCUCUUUCUUCCUCUCCCUCCAGGGCUGACAGUUGAGGAGCAGCCAUGUCCGAGGGGGGGACCCGUCGGGACAGCACCAGCAGCCUGCAGAGGAAGAAGCCCCCCUGGCUCAAGCUGGACAUCCCCCUUCCGGCCCCCGGGGUGGCGACCAGUGAGGAGCCGGCCUCGGUGCAGCCUUUCAAACGCCAGGCCUUCCUCCGGAGCGUCAGCAUGCCGGUGGAGAACGCCCGCCUCCCUUCCCCGCACCACGAGGGACGCCGGCCACUGCUCCAGCGACAGCUGUCCAUCACCCAGACUAUCCGGAGGGGCACGGCCGACUGGUUCGGGGUCAGCAAGGAGAACGACGCCACCCAGAAAUGGCAGCGGAAGAGCCUGCGCCACUGCAGCCUGCGCUACGGGAAGCUGAAGGCCCAGGCGGUCCGGGAGAUGGACCUCCCCAGCCAGGACAACCUCUCCCUGGCCAGCACGGAGACCCCGCCCCCGCUCUACGUGCCCCCUUGCCAGCUUGGCAUGCAAAGGAUCGUUGACCCUCUGGCCCGCGGACGGGCCUUCCGCCUGGCCGAUGACAGUGACGGCUACAGCAUGCCUCACACGCCGGUCACUCCCGGGGCCACCUCUUUGUGCUCCUUCACCAGCUCCCGCUCCGGCUUCAACCGCUGGCCUCGGCGGCGGAAAAGAGAGUCAGUGGCCAAGAUGAGCUUCCGGGCGGCGGCGGCUCUUGUGAAGGGCCGCUCUGCGAAGGAUGGCGCCGUGCGGAGGGCCCGGCAGCGCAGCUUCACGCCAGCCAGUUUCCUGGAGGAGGACACGAUGGAGUUCCCAGAUGAGUUGGACACCUCCUUUUUUGCCCGGGAAGGCGUCCUGCAGGAAGAGCUCUCAACCUAUCCGGAUGAGGUCUUUGAGUCGCCCUCCGAGGCGGCCCUGCAGGAGAUGGAGGCCAAGCCCCCCCCGCAGGCUCAGGCGGCCCUCACCGGGGGCGCCUUGGAGCGGAGCGAACUGGAGAGGAGCCACCUGAUGUUGCCCCUGGAACGUGGCUGGCGGAAGCAGAAGGGAGGGGCCGCCUCGGCGCAGCCCAAGGUGCGCUUGCGGCAAGAGGUGGUGAGUGUGGGCCUCCAGCGAAGGGGCCAGCGCAUCACGGUGCCCGUGCGCAAGCUCUUCGCCAAGGAGAAGCGUCCCUACGGGCUGGGCAUCGUGGGCCGGCUCACCAACAGGACGUACCGCAAGCGCAUCGACAGCUUGGUCAAGCAGCAGAUUGAGGACUCCCCACCACGCAGGCCCUUCUUCACCUACUGGGUCACCUUUGUCCACUCGCUCAUCACCAUCCUGGCUGUGUCCAUCUACGGCAUCGCCCCUGUGGGCUUCUCCCAGCACGAGACGGUGGAUUCGGUCUUGAGAAACCGUGGGGUUUACGAGAACGUGAAGUAUGUCCAGCAGGAGAACUUCUGGGUCGGUCCCAGCUCGGAAGCGCUCAUCCACCUGGGCGCCAAGUUUUCACCUUGCAUGCGGCAGGACCAGCAGGUGCACAGUUUCAUCGUGGCCGCCCGGGAGAAAGAGAAGCUCUCGGCCUGCUGCGUGCGCAACGACAAGUCUGGCUGCGUGCAGACGGCUGCGGAAGAGUGCUCCUCCACCUUGGCCGUGUGGGUGAAGUGGCCGGAGCACCCCAGCGCCCCCCUGCUGGCAGGAGACAAGCGGCGGUUCGGGUCCGUCUGCCACCAAGACCCCAGAGUGUGUGAGCAGCCGGCUUCCAUGGACCCUCAUGAAUGGCCGGAUGACAUCACCAAGUGGCCGAUCUGCACCAAAAACAGUGCUGGGAACUACACCAACCAUCUCCACAUGGACUGUGUGAUCACAGGGAGGCCCUGCUGCAUCGGCACCAAGGGAAGGUGUGAGAUCACCUCCCGAGAGUACUGCACCUUCAUGCAUGGCUACUUCCACGAAGAGGCCACGCUCUGCUCCCAGGUGGACUGCAUGGACGAUGUCUGUGGCCUCCUCCCCUUCCUCAACCCAGAGGUCCCAGACCAGGUCUACCGCCUGUGGCUGUCACUGUUUCUCCAUGCAGGGAUCCUGCACUGCCUGGUGUCCGUGUGCUUCCAGAUGACCAUCUUGCGAGAUCUGGAGAAGCUGGCCGGCUGGCACCGCAUCUCCAUCAUAUACCUGCUCAGUGGCAUCACCGGCAACCUGGCCAGCGCCAUCUUCCUGCCCUAUCGAGCAGAGGUGGGACCUGCCGGCUCCCAGUUUGGCAUCCUGGCCUGCCUCUUCGUGGAGCUCUUCCAAAGCUGGCAGAUCCUGGCCCGGCCCUGGCGGGCUUUCUGGAAGCUGUUGGCCGUGGUACUGUUCCUCUUCGCCUUUGGCCUCCUGCCCUGGAUCGACAACUUUGCCCACAUCUGCGGCUUUGUCAGUGGCCUCUUCCUCUCCUUCGCCUUCCUGCCUUACAUCAGUUUUGGCAGGUUCGACCUUUACCGCAAACGGUGCCAGAUCAUGGUCUUCCUGCUGGUCUUCGUGGGACUCUUUGCUGGACUGGUGGUGCUUUUUUACUUCCACCCGAUCCGCUGUGAGUGGUGCGAAUUUCUCACCUGCCUCCCCUUCACAGACAAGUUCUGCGAAAAGUAUGACUUGGACACCCAGCUCCAUUGAGCCCGGAAGGGUGCCCCCCCCACCAGCUCUACCUGUCCCAACCUGCCCCCCCGUCCCCCAGUUAAUUUAAACACUCUGGAUUGCUCCCAUUGCACUGCUUUUCAUCUCAGAGACUGGAACGGUUUUCACCAACAGAAGGUCUGUGCCUUGUUCAAUUUUACUGAACCCUUUUCUGCUGCCACAUUUUUAUAAUGCUAGUUUCAAAAUGGCCUUUUUAACAAGAUUUGUUACUUGUUGCCCAGGUGGUGAUUAAAUAAACACAGAGUAGCGUUUUAGCUACAUUUCCAAAACA